UCUACCGAAGUGGUUUUAGGAAAGAUAGCGACGGGACCUGGUCUAGAAUUGUGUUUAGAAGAAUAUUAGCGACUAAAUUAUUCAGCAAAAGGGCCUGGAUUAUAGCCAGUCCAGAAGUGGUCUUCGAAAAUAUGGCGGCCGGAAGUGGUCUCCGGGAAGAUGGCGGCGCCGGGAGGUCACACGGGUGGAGAGCGGAGAUCAUGGCGGGAGAGGAUCAGCAGCAGCUCCGUAAUUUGCGGGACUUUCUGAUGGUUUAUAACAAGAUGACUGAGAUGUGCUUCACCCGCUGCGCCAAGAACCUCAACUACAGAUCUCUGACCAUGGAUGAGGAUAAAUGUCUGGACAGCUGCGCCACCAAAUUCAUCCGCUCCAACCACCGCCUAAUGGCGGCGUAUGUGGGACUGAUGCCGGCCGUCGUUCAGCGCAGGAUGGACGACAUGGAGAAGCAAAGCAAGGAAUUGGAAGCGAUGGCUGAAUCCAAACCGGAUCUAUCACUGGGAGCCAAUCCUGAGAGUGCAGUCCCUGUGGAGGCAGCAGGUGUCACGGAUCAUGUAACCAGUACAUCAGAAUCUCCAUAAGGACUGAACUAUAUACAGCCACCAAUAUAGAGCGUUUCCUGUCCUCCAACACCAGAGCUGAUCAUUACCAUGUUUACAGUGGCCUCAGCCUGGGUCCGCCCAGCCGUGGGGGUGGUGGCGGCCAUCUUGAUAGUUAUCAGAGGAGUAUCAGUACCAACGUACAGCAUGUAUGAGAAGUGACUCUUGUUCUCCAUUUAGUGACUUUGAGAUGUUAUCAGUCUGCUGCAGGAAGGAGGAAGCAUUUCCUCAGUCUCUCCUCUCCAGUUAUCAGACUUCAGUAUUGUAACUUUGUAGCAGGUCACUAAGUGGCAGGCUGCAGCGGCGGCUCAUCUGUGUCAAGACGGCCAAGAACUGUAGAGGUACCAGGAUUUACAGAAUGGUGACAUUUCUGUGCUGGGUUUUUACUUCACCCGACAGCUGCUCAAUCUGCACAGAAAUUCUCCACCAUUUCUAGUCGCCAUGGCGACCUGGCGCCCGGGAUUUGUCGAGCCCUGCACUAUUUAAUGAAGCUUUCCACACGUA